AUGCCGGAGACAUUCGAUGUAGAGCAUGUUCUAGCGAACAUCAGCGAGCAGGACAAGAUCGCUCUUUUAUCCGGAAUUGAUUUCUGGCACACACAUCCAAUCCCCAAAUUCAAGGUUCCCUCGAUUCGCGCCACCGACGGUCCCAAUGGCAUCCGGGGCACGAAAUUCUUUGCCGGCAUCCCCGCCGCAUGUUUGCCCUGCGGCACAGCUCUGGGCGCCACCUGGGACCGAGAUCUGAUAUACCAAUCGGGGAAGCUGUUGGGUGACGAGUGCAUUGCGAAAGGGGCGCAUUGCUGGCUGGGUCCGACAAUCAACAUGCAGCGCGCUCCCCUCGGUGGCCGCGGGUUCGAAUCAUUUGCGGAAGAUCCGCAUCUCUCGGGCAUUCUGGCCAAAUCAAUCAUCCUCGGAUGCGAAAGCAAAGGGAUCAUUUCCACGGUGAAGCAUUUCGUGGGCAACGACCAGGAACAUGAACGCCGGGCGGUGGAUGUCCUCGUCACGCAGCGAGCCUUGCGCGAGAUCUACCUACGACCCUUCCAGAUUGUGGCGAGAGAUGCCAAGCCCGGCGCGCUCAUGACCUCGUAUAAUAAGAUCAAUGGGAAGCAUGUGGUGGAAGAUGCGCGCAUGCUCAAUCUGAUCCGCGAGGAGUGGAAGUGGAAUCCGCUGAUUAUGAGCGACUGGUACGGGACCUACACAACCAUCGACUCCAUAAAUGCGGGUCUUGACCUGGAAAUGCCGGGGGUGUCCAGAUAUCGGGGGAAAUUUAUCGAGUCCGCCGUGCAGGCUCGACUGAUCAAGCAAUCGACUAUCGAUGCACGAACGCGAAAGGUGUUGGAAUUCGUGAAGCAAGCGAGUCAGGUCCAAGUGUCAGAAGUGGAGCGAGGACGGGAUUUCCCAGAGGAUAGAGCGUUGAAUCGCAAGAUCUGUGCCAACAGCAUCGUCCUCCUCAAGAAUGAAGGCAUCUUGCCCCUUCCAAGAGAGAUCAAAAAGAUCGCCCUAAUCGGAUCUCACAUGAAGACUCCCGCAAUAUCGGGUGGUGGCAGUGCGUCGCUUGAGCCAUAUUACUCUGUCUCGUUAUACGACGCCUGCAGGGAAGCACUUCCCAACGCGGAGGUGCUCUAUGAAGUGGGGGCAUACGCCCAUAAGAUGCUCCCCGUGAUAGACCGUCUCCUGAACAAUGCUGUCAUUCAGUUCUACAACGAGCCGAUGGGCAAGGAACGACGUUUGAUCAGCACUGAGCCUGUAUCGACGACGGCGUUCCAGCUCAUGGACUACUAUGCUCCCGGCCUCAACCGAUCGCUCUUCUGGGCUACACUGAUUGGCGACUUCACGCCUGACGCCUCCGGGCUUUGGAACUUUGGCCUGAGUGUAUUUGGUACCGCAAAUCUCUACAUUGACGACGAGCUCGUGAUCGAUAACACCACGAGCCAGACACGGGGGACGGCAUUCUUCGGCAAAGGCACCGUUGAGGAGCUGGGAUCGAAGGAAUUAGCUGCUGGGACUACAUACAAAAUUCGGAUUGAGUUCGGCUCUGCCAACACUACCACAAUGAAAACGCUGGGAAUGGUGAAUUUCGGUGGGGGCGCCGCAAAUCUGGGGGCCUGUCUACGGAUGAACCAGGAUGAAAUGAUCGAGAAUGCCGUGGAAGCUGCGGCAGAGGCCGACUACACCAUUCUGUGCACUGGGCUCAACAAGGACUGGGAAUCUGAAGGGUUUGAUCGCACGCAUAUGGAUCUGCCACCAGGAGUUGACCGGUUGAUCUCGAAGGUGUUGAAGGCCGCCGCAUACAAGACCGUCAUCGUCAAUCAGUCCGGUACACCAGUUACCAUGCCAUGGGCCGAUCAGGCCCAGUGCAUCGUGCAGGCCUGGUACGGAGGUAACGAGGUGGGUCAUGGAAUUACCGAUGUCCUCUUCGGAGAGGUUAAUCCAUGCGCAAAGCUGCCCUUGUCCUGGCCGGUGGAUGUGAAACACAACCCAGCCUACCUGAACUACGCCAGUGUGGGUGGCCGAGUGCUCUACGGCGAAGACAUCUAUGGGGGUUAUCGAUUCUACGAGAAGACCGGACGAGAAGUCCUCUUUCCAUUUGGGCGAGUUGGCUCCUUUGUCUCCUAG